AUGCUACACUUUGCAACCGGCACGAGCGCCCCUCGCCGGGCUGCCUGUAGCUUUCUAACAAUAUCUCGACGGCUGGCCUCAACUCGAUCCGCGGGCCAAGGUGCAAGAGCUCCACGGCCCUACGCUACUCGUCGUGCUAACCAACUUAAACCCACUCCCACCACUUCGAAUACUCUCGAAACAGCCGAUGCCAUCUUCAAGGCCAGAAAGAUACCUUUGCUUGCCUCCGGGGUAGUAGCUUUGGGUCUAGGAAUCUAUAUCAGCCUUUUGGCAUCCUCGUUCUAUUCCUCGACCUGCCACGAGAACCCAGAACCAGCGCCAGAUGCAGUUCCGACAGGGCGACCCCACGCCUUCACCAAGGAUUCUGCUAAAAGAUUUGACCAAAGUCUCGAGGGCUCGGAAUGGCUAAUGGGUAUCACUUCUCUGCGGAAAAGGCUUGCUGCAGAGGCUUCUGGACAUGUGCUCGAAGUCGCCAUGGGCACCGGCCGUAACCUUCCCUUCUACGACUGGAGUCAAAUUAUCAGCUCUCGGAACUCAGCAACUCAGGCACUUGCAGCACCAAAAGCCAAUGCACGACCAUCCAAGUUCGAAGCAUCACCGAUGAUCUCCUAUACGGGAAUCGACAUUUCUGAUGAAAUGCUCGGCGUUGCUGUCGAAAAGCUAGCAGAAACUGUGCCAGAGCUGGCUGAUGUCGACCCAAUAAUUGAGAAGGAAACUGUGCCGUCUCCGGCCCAGUGGAAUGAUAUUUCCUACCUUGCAGGAAGACUACGAAUACUCCGAUCAGACAUUCACGAACAUAUUCCCUCGCCCCCACAGCAGCCUUGUCCGCAAGCUAAAUACGACUUCAUCUGUUCAACAUUUUCCCUCUGCAGUGUCCGCGACCCGGAACAAAUGGUUCGGGAUUUGGCCAGCAAAGUAAAGCCGAACACAGGCAAGAUCGUCCUAGUCGAGCAUGGUAGAGGAUGGUGGGGAUUUGUUAAUGGGCUACUUGAUAAGUCUGCAGCUUCUCAUUUCCAGAAAUUCGGAUGCUGGUGGAAUCGAGACAUUGCUGAGAUUGUCGAGAACGCCGCACAGUGUACACCAGGACUUCAAGUCACAAGGGUAGAUCGCCCGUACUUCACGCAGCUUGGGACGACCUUGUGGAUUGAGUUGAAAGUAUCGGAUUCGGGCGUGUCUUAG